AUGCAGAAUGAGAGGAUCCGAAUGGAAAUGGAUCAAACGCGGAAACGCCAGUGUCGGUCAAUCCUGACAGCCAUUCGAGGAAGAGCUCUGCACGCUCUGAUGGAGAAGGAGGCGGAGCUGGAAUCCAUUAGCCGCCGUAAUGCGGAGCUCGAGGAGAAGGUCAGUCAGUUGGCCUCGGACAAUCAAGUAUGGAUCCACGUCGCCCGGAGUAAUGAAGCCGCUGUUUCUAGCCUCCGCGCCAUGCUAGAGCAGGCUCUCGCAGAAGGCGCGUUAGCGCCUCCUACCGCGUUGCAGGACCAGGAAGAGGGAUUUGGUGAAACGGACUUUCCGGCGCCGGCAGUUAUGUCGACCGACGCUUACUCGUUCUGUUACAAGGAAACAUUGGUUGCGGACGCGAAGGAGUCGUCGAAGGAGCUUUGCCGACGAAGUGUAUGCAAGGUGUGCCUUGAGCGAGAGGUGUCAGUGCUGAUGCUUCCGUGCCGGCACCUAUGCCUGUGCAAACAGUGCGAUGUCGCCGUCGACACCUGUCCUAUUUGUUGCUCCAUCAAGAAUGCGAGCCUCCAAGUUUUCAUGGCGUGA